AUGGAAAAGUACCUACGCUCCUGGCGGCAGGACGCGUUGAAUCGCGGCCAGCAUGAUUCCGCCAUCUACAUUGGCGACAAGGUGCUGGCACUAACCAAUAGCGACUCGGAUGCCUUCUGGCUCGCUCAAGUCCACUUUUCGAAUAACAACUUCACACGCGCACUAGCUUUGUUGUCCCGCAAAGAUCUCGUCUCUCGAAGCACCGCCUGUCGUUACCUUGCAGCCCACUGCUAUAUCAAACAGAACCAAUUCGAGCAGGCCCUAUCAAUACUUGGCGAACACAACCCCACCGACCUGGUUCGCGAUACCAACAGUCGGCGAAAGAUCCAGCACCUUAACGGCCAAAGUCAUGUCACAUUGCGGAAUGGGAAGAGUGCGCGCAGCGAGCGAGGAGGGGAGGAUCGUGAGAGAGAUGAUGCCAACAAUGUUCGAUUCGAGGCGGCCAUGUGUUUUUUGAGAGGUCUCUGCUUUGCGAAGCAGAACGCGUUCGACCGGGCUCGCGACUGUUACAAAGACGCGGUGCGAAUCGACGUGCAAUGCUUCGAGGCAUUCGACCAACUCAUGAAGAACUCGUUGAUGUCGCCCACGGAGGAGCUCGAGUUCCUCGAAUCCCUGGACUUUGACUCAGUCUCCUCACCGGACCCCACCAUUGCUCAAGAAGCAGCACAUUUCACCAAAAUGCUCUAUACAACCCGGCUGUCCAAAUACUCCUCGCCCGCCAUUCUAUCGGAUGCGACGGAGACACUAUCCACACACUACAACCUCUCGGAAAACCCGGACAUACUCUUGUCCCGUGCAGAGGCACUCUACACGCAGUGUCGCUUCGCGGAAGCCCUGGAAUUGACCUCUUCCAUCCUCUCCACCUCCCAAUCGACUGACUUGACGACCACGAACAACGCCAGCAUGCCUGCGAACAGCCAUCUUGGUCAUGCUCCAGCAGUUUAUCCCCUGCAUCUGGCCUGUUUAUACGAAACUGGAGCUACCAAUGCGCUUUUCUUGCUUUCCCACAUGCUGGCCGACCACGCUCCAGAAGAACCCUACACGUACUUGGCCAUCGGUGUUUACUACCUCGCAGUGUCCAAGAUUGCCGAGGCCAGACGCUUCUUCUCCAAGGCUUCUUUACUUGAUCCCCAUUCAGCACCAGCGUGGAUUGGAUUCGCCCACACCUUUGCUGCCGAGGGUGAGCAUGACCAAGCCAUUGCGGCAUACAGUACAGCUGCACGACUGUUCCAAGGCAGUCACCUGCCACAGCUCUUCUUGGGUAUGCAACAUCUGGCACUGAACAACAUGUCUCUCGCCCAUGAGUAUCUGUGUGCUGCAUAUGCGAUGUCCACGGGGUCUGUGCCGGGCUCUUCUCCUAGUCUGCCUCCAAAUCUCUCAGCCGCGCCGCUUGGUGGGGACCCCCUCGUCCUGAACGAGCUCGGCGUCGUAUUCUACCAUCAAAACAACCUGGGCGCAGCCGUGGAGUUGUUCCGACAAGCCCUGGCGUUAGCAAUCUCUCUUCACUGUGAACCUGGCGCUUGGGUUGCUACUCGUGCCAAUCUCGGACAUGCUUUGCGGCGCUUGGGUCGUCUCCCCGAAGCUCUUCGCGAAUUCGACGAAUGCCUCCGAGUGGGAGCAGGUGGAACUAGCAUGGGCUACUCUCCCUUCCUAGGCGGCGGGGCAGGUGGCUCCUCAGCGGUUGCUACAUCGUCGGGCGUUGGAGGCUACGAAGACCGGGGUCUGGUUGGAUCAUUGCAUACCUCGCGCGGACUCCUGCUGCUGGAGCUCGGUCGCACUACCGAGGCUGUGGCCACCCUGCACGAGGCCGUGCGAGUCUUGGGAGCAAGUGGGGGCGGAGAUGCCGCAGGCGGUGCAGGCGUUGCGGGUACGCUACUCUCGCGGGCUCUCGAACUCUGGGCUCUGGAGGGCCGAGAGAAAGAUCGUAGAGUGAUCGAAGAAGGAGCCCGAUCACAAAGUCGGAAUCCGAACCGAUCGCGCGAGGUGCGGGGCAAAGAACGAUACAUGACGGACGAGAGCUCGCGCCGUCGAGCACGGCCAGAACCAUAUACCGAGGAAUGGACGGACGAAGUGACACAUGCAGCCACACCGGAAACGGUGGAUACCGAAUCUGCCGAGGAAAACGUCGAAUCGGUUCUUGAUGAGGAGGCUGACGGACUUCUUCGGCGGGCUUUGGGUCGCGUGCGUCCCGGUCGACAGCGCCGGUCGGCUCUGCCGGCGACUCCAGAAACGGGGAUGAAAGACACACCGGCACGCAAUCGCAAGCAUCGUCGAAGCCACUCCCGACAGUAA